ACUCUGAUUUCACUGCACACUGACCCUACAUUCACUCUAUCCGGUCUCCCCGUGCCCUGCAUUUACUAUAUCUGGUCUCCCUGGACCCUGCAUCUGCUAUAUCUGGUCUCCCCCCGACCCUGCAUUCACUCUAUCCGGUCUCCCCCCCCGACCCUGCAUUUACUCUAUCUGGUCUCCCCCCGACCCUGCAUUCACUCUAUCCGGUCUCCCCGGACCCUGCAUUCACUAUACCCGGUCUCCCCGGACCCUGCAUUCACUAUAUCUGGUUUCCCCGCACCCUGCAUUCACGAUAUCUGGUCUCCCCGGACCCUGCAUUCACUAUACCCGGUCUCCCCGGACCCUGCAUUCACUAUAUCUGGUUUCCCCGCACCCUGCAUUCACGAUAUCUGGUCUCCCACAGUACACACAACAUGGAAAUACAAUUACAUUACUAAAUAUAAACUGCUAAAUACCUUUUCUCACCAGCAAUAUAUAGCAGUAUUAUUAGACUUAUAU